AUGGCGUCAGUAACCGUACGAGGCUCGGUCCUCUGCAUCAUGGCUUUGGCAAACUUUGCGUUUGUUUUCGUAACCGGUGCAGACUUUAUUCGUUUCAUUUCAUUUCGAGCUAUCUACCACAACAUCACAGGAGACACCGUACUCUGUCAAGACUUCAUACCAUGGUCAGUGGCCCUGCAUGACAGCUCUGUCCUCAGAUCUUUAGGUGUGGAUCUGGGGCUGCUGGCUCUCUUUACCACACAGCACAGUCUGCUGGCCUGGCCACCAGUCAAACAGGCCUGCCAGUCAGUACUGGGAGUUCUGAACAGGGCGGCCUAUUGCUUCACAACUGCACUCGCACUCCAGAUCCUGAUGCACUUCUGGCAGCCUGUGACUGGCGCCCCCUGUCUCUGGUCAGUUCGUCAUGCACCUUGGAGCAUCUGGUUCCCUCUGUUGUGCUUUACCCUGCACUUCCUCUGCUGGGCCAUCAUCUGUAGCAUAGUCAUAAUGUUUGAUUACCCAGAAUUAUUGGGCAUAAAGCAGGUGUAUUAUGAAUGUCUGGGUUUGGGGGACCCCCUGUCACAAAAGUCACCCAGGGCCCAGCGUCUUCUCUCCCACCUUCGUCACCCAGUGUGUCUGGAGCUGUGGGUGGUGCUGUGGCUCCUCCCAGCCUUGUCUCUAGAUAGACUCCUCCUUGCUGGGAGUCUCUCUGCCUACAUGGCCGUGGCACACUCAUCAGACAAACAGGAUUUGGCCUAUCUGCGAGCCCAGCUCGACAAGAAGCUGCAGAUCUUUGCCGAGCCACACUGGAGCAGUGCCGAUGACCAUCGGAACAAUAGUAACCACAAAACAAAGUGA